ACAUCUUUUAACCAAAGUCGCAGACAUGAUAAGCAUGAGCUGAACGAUGGUCGCAGAUGGCCACAAUCAAGGCCAUAGAAGGUCGUUCGGUCCAUCAAAUCCAAUCCGGCCAGGUGAUUGUGGAUUUGGUUUCCGUCGUCAAAGAACUCGUGGAGAACAGCCUCGAUGCCGGAGCGACAUCAAUUGAAGUUCGCUUCAAGAACCAAGGUCUCGACAGCAUUGAAGUGCAAGACAAUGGAAAGGGGAUCGCACCUGAGGACUUUGAAACGAUCGCCCUGAAACACUACACCUCCAAAUUAUCGAGCUACGAAGACUUGACAUCGCUCGAUACCUUCGGUUUCCGUGGCGAAGCGCUCUCUUCCCUGUGCGCUCUGUCCAACUUCCACAUCAUCACUGCGAGAGCCGAAGAUGGAGCCGUUGGGAAGAGGCUCGAUUUCGAGGUCUCUGGACAGCUUCGUGGCACAUCCGUGUCGGCCGCUCAACGAGGCACUACUGUUUCUGUCGAGAAUCUCUUUGCCGGUCUACCAGUCAGACGAAAGGAACUGGAGAAGAACAUCAAACGCGAGUAUGGCAAGGCCCUCAACAAUCUAUAUGCUUACGCCUGCAUCAGUGUUGGUGUGCGCAUCUCAGUCAGUAAUCAAAUGCCAAAGGCAAAGAAGACCGCUCUUUUCGCCACACAAGCCAAUCCGACAACGAAAGAGAAUAUCAUGAACGUAUUCGGGUCAAAGACGCUUCUGUCCCUGGUGCAGCUCGACUUGGAACUCCAGAUGGCCCCAUCAUCCACACGCAGUUUCAUGGCCUCAGCUACAGAGCCAUCGAUGGAGGUGCAUGUUCACGGCCACAUCAGCAAGCCAAUAUUCGGUCAGGGUCGUCAAGCGCCAGAUCGACAAAUGUUCUUCGUCAAUUCGCGCCCGUGCUCGCUUCCGCAGGUGGCGAAGGUUUUCAAUGAAGUGUACAAGUCUUUCAAUCUCUCCCAGACUCCCUUCAUCUUCGCCAAUCUGGUCAUGGAUACCAAUGCGUACGAUGUGAACGUGUCGCCCGACAAGCGCAGCAUAUUACUUCACGAUCAGGCUGCUUUGUUGGAGAACCUCAAGGCCUCACUCACCGGACUCUUCGACACAAGCGAGUAUGCCGUUCCGCAAUCUCAGAUGCAGAAUCGCAAGCUUCCCAACUACCAGCCUUUGACGGUCCCCGUACGCGCAGAUGCCCCUGUUGACCCCGGAAACGACUCCGAAUCGGAGCUUGAGUCUGGUCAGGAGGACGUGCAUUCAGACGAUGCUGCUCCGGUUGACCCACCUCCGACAACUCGGUCCAGCCUCAUCCACAACUGGAUUGAUCAUGGCGUCAAAGCGCGCAAGGACCAGACAAAUCGGGAAAGUUCUCGGGGCCAUCAUGUCAAAAUCCAUGGAAGUGGCGACGGCAGGAUCGUGCAGCGAAGCAAGGCUGUCGCUGAUAUGGAUGUCGAAGGUGGCAUUGAGAGGAACAGAUUGGCCGUUGUCGAACAAGCUACAGCAGAGGAAGCAGACAAGACCGAGAUCAGAGCUGUGGCUCCAGGCUCUCAAAAACUCACUCCUGGGCCCAUUGAGAGUGCUUUCGAUCGCAUGCGACCCAUGCGAAUACCAAUGCAGACUGCCGAGGUUACUAUCGGCGACAAGACGACUACGACGGUGAUUGGCAGCGGCUUGCCGUACAAGAGACGCCGCAUUGACACAUCCAGCCCACCCCAGCCCGCUCCCCGACCUGAUCGUGGUGGCCGCGUGGUUCGAAGUCUUCGCAAAUUUGCUGCUCCUGGGUCGCAGCUGGAGAUCGAGGCCAAAAGACCCUCUCAGGAGCCCUCGCUCGCCACUUCUUCCACCAGCGAUGCGAGCGAGGACGAUUCAAAUGAUGACAACGAUGAGGCGCUGGCAGUCGGAGACGUUGUCAUGCAAGAGACUGAGGCAGCCAGCGCAGAUGAUGCAGAAACCGGUGACCUGGCGACCUCGGAUCCGCUCGACAAACUCUUGUCUGCAUCAGAAGAAGAGUCUGACGGGGAGUACGUGGACGAAGCAGAGAAAAAGAUCCGCGAGGACGAGAAGGUCGCCCGUCUCAUCCACGAAGCCGAACUUGCAGCUGCGCGGCCUACGGACGAGAACCUGAGACGAGCCUCGCAGGUUCUCAAGAACGUGGGCAAUCGUAAAGACACGACCUUGCAUCUCACGCAAUACUGUGAGACAACAAUGGUCGAGAUCCAGGAGUUGCUGAAAGUUAGGUCUCACGAAGACGCCCGUGCCACGUCCAAUUUCCAACAUAGGAAUGAGACUGCGAUUGUGAAGAACGAGAUUGACGACUCGAACGCGGAGAGUCGCUUGGCGCUGACUGUGAGCAAGUCGGACUUUGAGCAGAUGACGAUCAUCGGUCAGUUCAAUCUGGGCUUCAUUCUUGCUGUUCGAGCGGCAGCAGGGCCGGAUGAGGAAAACCAGCUGUUCAUCAUCGAUCAGCACGCCGCCGAUGAGAAGUAUAACUACGAGCGAUUUCAGCGCACCGUCACCUUGCAGAAUCAGCGACUCGUGCGCCCUAAGCGCCUGGAUGUGACGGCGGUCGAAGAGGAGAUUAUCGUCAACCACCCCGAAGCACUGAAAGCGAAUGGCUUCGAAAUAGACACCACAUCGGACACAGGUGGCGAUGACGAGUCGCCACGUCGCACGUUCCGCCUCAUCACUCUACCAAUGAGCAGAGAAAAGACGUUUCAGCUCUCCGACCUCGAAGAGUUGCUACACCUCCUCGCCGAGGCGCCCGCUGGCAGCUCCGAGAUCCCCAGGCCGAAGAAAGUGCAGAGCAUGCUGGCCAUGCGCGCCUGUCGAAGCAGCAUCAUGAUUGGGAAGACGCUGACGCUGAAGCAAAUGCAGAGUGUUGUCAGGCACAUGGGGGAGAUGGAGAAACCGUGGAACUGCCCGCACGGCAGACCGACCAUGAGGCAUCUGGCGGGCUUGGGUGCGUGGAAUGGGUGGCUGGAGGGUGAUGCGAUUGACAAUGACGAUGAUUUUGCUGAGACAGCGGUGGGAGGGAGGGAGACGGAUUGGGGCGGAUAUCUGGGCAGGCAAAGUGACUGA